GAGCAUGCCCACUAGCCAUCCUGUUACUGCAAACUUUCCAGUCCGCGCAAAGCAUUCUGGGGAAAGUGUCCUACGCCCAAAAUGGCGGCACGAUUAAAAAGUUUGCUCCUGUUUUUGUUCUAGUUGGAAGUUUUUUCUUUUUGAACUUUGUCUGCUUUCGUUCUCGCACAAGUCUCCGUCCAAACGUGAAGGAAGAAGGCUGUUUACUUCUACUAUUGCCAGGAACAAGCGACAGAACUGCGGUUUUAUUUCAGUUGGUAGAGUUUCCGAGCGGUGGAGCGGUGCUCUGAUUAUCGUUACUGUAGAGAGAGAGGGAGAGGGAGACCAGUGUUUAGUGAAGCAAUUUAAACCCUGAUAGCCUCCUCUAUCCCAUUAAACAUGAAUAGCAUUUGUACCUAGAGAUGGGGGAUGAUGAGAAGAAAAUUAAAAAGCCAGGUAUCGUGUCUCCUUUCAAACGUGUGUUCCUGAAGGGGGAGAAAGGGAGAGAUAAGAAAGCUCAGGAGAAGUGCACCGAACGACGGGCUCUUCACACCUUUUCACUCUCUGUCCCUGACCACCGGAUUGACCCCGACAUCCUGCUCAAUGAUUACAUCGAGAAAGAGGUUAAGUAUCUGGGGCAGCUGACCUCAGUCCCAGGAUAUCUGAAUCCCUCCAGUCGCACUGAGGUUUUGCAGUUGAUUGACAAUGCCAGGAAGUCUCACCAGCUGGCAGGUCAGCUGACGUCGGAGCAAGAUGCCGUGGUCAGCCUGUCCGCGUACAACAUCAAGCUGGUGUGGCGUGAUGGAGAGGAGAUCAUCCUGAGAGUACCUAUUCAUGACAUCGCUGCUGUUUCCUACAUUCGAGAUGACUUCCUUCACCUGGUGAUUCUGAAAACAGCCCAAGAGCCUGGAGGUUCCCCAUGUCCGAGUACAUGUCCAGAGCUGUCGAAGUCAACUACUUUGAGCUCUUUGUCUGAGAGUGGAGCUGUGGAUGUCUGCUGCCUUCUCGUGCUGGCCGUCGAGAACAAGGCAGCAGCAGAGGAGCUCUGUCUCCUCCUCAGUCAGGUCUUCCAGAUAGUCUACACAGAAUCUACUAUCGACUUCCUAGACAGGACCAUCGACUUUCUUGAUGGAACUACAACGCCCACCCGGCAUCUCUCCCUCUACAGCGAUGACUCCUCCAGCAAGGAUGUUAAAGAGCCAUUUGAAGGAGGUCCAGGCACAUUCUUGUUUCAGGACUCAGAAGCAGCAGGACAUUCUCCAUGUUCAUCGCCAUCAUCCACACCAGCUUCACCACAGGACAAAACAGCCAGUGAAAGUGAACUAAGCACAACAGCAGCAGAACUACUGCAGGACUACAUGACCACGUUGAGAACGAAAUUGUCCUCUCAGGAGAUUCAGCAGUUUGCCACACACUUGCACGAGUACAGAAACGGUGCAUCCAUUCAUGAGUUCUGUAUCAACCUGAGACAGCUCUAUGGAGACAGCAGAAAGUUCCUUUUACUCGGUCUUAGGCCCUUCAUUCCAGAGAAGGACAGUCAGCAUUUUGAAAACUUCCUGGAAACCAUCGGCGUGAAGGACGGCCGCGGCAUCAUCACUGACAGCUUCGGCCGCUACAGGCGUACAGCCAGUUCAGCUUCUGACUCAACCACCAAUGGGAACGGGGCAGCAGGAGGAUCAGAUGAAGGAACAGUGUCCUCCGAGGGUGAUGAGUGGGACCGCAUGAUCUCAGACAUCAGCAAUGACAUUGAGGCCUUAGGGUGCAGUAUGGACCAGGACGGUGUGUCACCCUGAUGGCUGACCUUUGUCAGUGUCUCUAAGCCAACACCACUCGAUAUACUGACUGUAACAUAGUUCACUGGUUCCUACACUUUUUCAAAUGAUGCUGGAAUAUUACUAGUUUUUUUGCCACCUCAGUUUAAUCUGGCUUUUAUACAUUGUUGAGACCACAUUGCAGUCAUUCAACUGGAUGAUGGUGCUUUUCGAGACACUUGAAGUGCACACAGACCUUCUGUAGCUGUGCAUGGCACAGAUGAUUCUUUCAUGAGUGUUUAUUGGCAGUAUCUGCUAUUGUUAUUGAGACCGUAGCUUUUUUUUAGGCUGAUCUGAGACCAGCAUUUAGGUUUCUUUUAUGCACAUAUUAGGAUAAUUGCAAGAUAUGAAACCUCAUUUUAUUUUGUGAGCAUUCGCAUUUAAGAUGAAUGCACACAAAUGCAAAACAUCAGAGUCAAGUGUAAUAAUGUGACCGAUUAGACGCAAAGCGAAGUGGAAUUUAUAUUUUUAUAAAGCACAUUAAAAUAAUAUGUUAGUCUGUGGAUUCUGAGGAAAGUCAUAUGCAUGAAAAAUCAAGCAAUUAUCAGUAUCAAAUGUCAGUUUAAAAAAAGAAAACAACAUCUUCCGUCUUACUUGCUUAUAUUAGCAGUAUUUUAACCCCCGAUUCUCAACUGCUCGGUUGAUUGUGAGAUUAGUAAUUAGCGUGUUAAAAGCGAUAAGCGCCAAGGGACAUUUCUCAGAUUCAGCACGAAUUUCAGUUAGCAGUUGUGUGGAUCAGGGGUUUCAUGUAAUUUGCCAUCUAUGACAUGCAACACAGUUUUUCUUUCCCAGUUUAACUCCAAUCCAUCCAUUGUUUUUAUUUCUCUCAUUAUAUUAACUAUUUGAUGUGUUAUUUUAAUUUUUAUUGCAUAACAUGUAAACACAUUUUACUUAUUACAUUUUUACAACUAGUGCUGGUUGUAAUGACCCCAUGACUGUUUAUUUGCAAUGCAACAGGUAGAGAAUGUAGCUCUAUAUAUUUGUUGGUUUGGGCUGAUACAGGGAGUAUUUAGAUAUUGGACAAGGCCAGUUAGCUGGCUGAUGGUGUUUUGUUACACUGCAGGGCAAAUAGGUCUUGUUGUGUUGUAGCCUCGUUUUCGGAGUUUUCGGUUGCCAGACAUCGUGCCUUACAGAACAACUGCUUAUUAUAUCAUCCAUCAGGGAUGUAAGAAUCAUUCUGUAAUCUGUACAGACUGUGACCAAGGAGUUGCAUUAAAUAUUACGUUUAGUA